GACACGGUCAGUAAAGCAGUCAUGUCUUCUGCCUUCAUGUUGUUUUUAAGUCUGGUGGUGUAGUGCGCAUGCGUGUGCCCAAAAGCUACUACUGCCAUGCACAUGCAGUGAAAUCCCAUAACGUGAGGAGCAGAGCACACCAGAGCACACUACACUUGUUUAGUAGCUGUCUGGUUUCUCUCUGCACUCGUCGAUUAUUGUAUACCCAUGCGUUUUCUCAUGUUUAACAGCGGCACGUGAUUUUUUUGUAUUGCACAGCCUCUUGUGUGUGUGAACUUGAACAAACGAUGUCGGAGGAGGUUGGGGUGGUAACAACAACAACAGGGCGCGCUGCUGUCCCGUUAGCAUCGCACCGUGCUCCGGUACAUGUGUUUUAACCUCGUGCACCCGCCCGCGCCACCUGUCCUGUCCAGUCCUGUCCGGUUCGGUCCCGAGGCCCGCCGUGAUGGCCGAGGAGGACCCCCAGCAGCCGUCGGACCGCGGGGCGGGGAACGUGGUCGGCCUGCUCCCCGGGCUGCAGGGCGCUGAAGCCACGGCUCUGCAAAUCAGGAUCAAGAACUCCAUCUGCAAAUCUGUUCAAUCCAAAGUGGAAAACAUCCUGCAAGAAGUGGAGAAGUUCUCUGACAUUGAAAAACUCUACCUCUACCUUAAGUUGCCUUCUGGUCCCAGCAGUUGCGCUGAUAAAAGUGACCAGAGUGCCCUGUCGUCGAGCCGUACGCAGCAGAUGCAUGCCUUCAGUUGGAUCCGCAAUCAUUUAGAAGAGCAUCCAGAGACCUCUCUUCCAAAACAGGAGGUCUAUGAUGAGUACAAGAGCUUCUGUGACAAUCUCAACUACCACCCGCUGAGUGCUGCUGACUUUGGGAAAAUGAUGAAAAACGUCUUUCCAAACAUGAAGGCGCGUCGACUUGGCAUGCGAGGAAAAUCUAAAUAUUGUUAUAGUGGACUAAGGAAGCGGCCAUUUGUUCACGUGCCAUCACUACCCAGUCUGGAUUUACACAAACCAGGAGAUACAUGUGAUGUACUAGAGUCCCCGGGUCAAAUGAGCAGCAUAAAGGAAGAGGUGCGCUUUGCAGCCUGUGAUCUGGUGUGUGAGUGGGCCCAGAAGGUGCUGAAGCGGCAGUUUGACGCAGUGGAAGACUUGGCUCGCUUCCUGAUCAACAGCCACUACAUCAGCAACAAGUCUCUGGCAGCGCUCACCAUUAUGACCGGAGCAGCAACAGAGGCGAAGACGCCACAGUCCAUUUCAGCAUUCGUCCCCACUGCAGAAGCCCACACCUUCCAGCCUCAAGUGACGACUCUGUCUUCCCCGUCUGUCGAUGCAAAGCAGCAGCUCCAGAGGAAGAUCCAGAGGAAGCAACAGGAACAGAAACUGCACUCACCUUUACCUGGAGAGAACCAAAACCAGAGAGCAGAUGAGUGCGUGCCAUGCGGCAGCCCCGCACCUCCAUCGCCUCAGCCGACCAUCGGCAUUGUGGUGGCUGCUGUCCAGAGCCCCGUCACGGCACAGAGGAAUACACAGCUGAUAUCACAGAGUCCUGUGGCAACAGGGGAGAACAAAGUGCUUCCAGUUAAUUUCCAAAUGGUGACCCAGUCAGUUACACCAGUGAAGCAGUGCCCUAAAACCUCCCAGAACAUCCUCUCCAGUCCAGCAGGUAUAGCUCGGCAGCGCUACGCACAAAUCCUGCCUAAGCCUUUGGCCACAAGUGCGAUCACUUUGCGCUCGCCCUCGACCAUGAUCAUCGCCAACAGCCCCAUCAAGACUGUGAUGACGACAUGUCAUGUUAGUCCAGUCAGUUUGGUCAAGAUGACGCCCAUAUCACUUGCACCCAACAGCAGCAAUACCACAGCUUCUCUUACAAACACCACUCUGAGGCCAGCAUCUGCAGGCAUUAGCAGCUCUGCAACAUCAGAAGACAGCCACCCCAGUCAGACCAUGAGGAGUGCCUCCACUGUGCCCAUUCUGGCCCCAGUGGCCCAACCAGGGCAGGUUGCUAACACCCAAACCAUCGACGUUGAAAUGGAAGUUGAAGCUAUUCACCAGAACAGCCAAAGCAGUCUUGUUUCUACUCAAGGCAUGACAACAAAUAGGAUUGGAGGGGCUACACAGAGAGCUGCCAGUGUGCCCAUUCCCCAAACUAAAGGAUUCCUGGGUCUGGAGGAAACAUCCAACACUAAAUGCAAUGGAAAGUCAACUGUGGCAGUUGCCAUUACCAGCAAUAAUAACACUGAUAAUACAAGCACUUUGCACUUACAUCCAUCUACUAACAACAUCAGCACUGUUUCUUCACUGAACACAAGCAAAACACCUUUAUCUGGGGAAAACAGCAAUGUACCAUCAGUAAAGCAAGGCUUUUUGUCUACAAAGAGCUUCAGGAAACGCUCAGGCCUCAGCCCAGACCUUUCUCCCACCAAAAGAAUUUUUAUGUCACAGCAGACAUUAGAGGGUGCUGCUGAGUCGACAGCUACAGGGGUCACAGCUACAGUCAGUAUCAGACCAGGACCAGGAGCUCCAGCUAGACCUGAAAGUGCUCCAGCCAGCCGGGAGGUGGAGAUGAAAAUGAACUCUGCCUUGUCCACUCAAGUCCAUGCUCCACGUACUUCCUCUUUCAGGGCCUGUGGCUUUUACACUGUUGCCAAAACACCAAGUUUAAUGCAGAGGAAAAACACUUCUACUGUUAUGGAUAGUGGUACCUCACUUUGUCACACAAUAAUACAGCAGCAGCAUGGGCAAAUGAUGACUAACGUGCAGAAAAUACCCAGUAAUGCCAGCCUGUCAGGUGUGUGCAACACUUCAAACUCCACUACAAACAGUCAGAAUGGAGCUCAGCAGAUGUACAGUCAGUCAAACACUGCUACUGAACCCUUGGAUUUUCUGAAUCAAGCUUCAUCGACGACUCAGCUCGUCACACAGACAGAUAUCGACUACUUUUCCUUUGAUGAUGAUGUAACCCAGGACAGCAUUGUGGAGGAGUUGGUGCAGAUGGAGGAGCAGAUGAAACUUAACAACCUGCAGGAGUUUGGAAACUGUGUCACACUGCAGCGCCAACAGGCUGUGAUGCCAGACAACAUGAUGUCAAAUAAUCAGACCAUGACUGCUUUCUAUCACACUCCAAACAGCAGAAACGCAAUCCAAACUCCAACCCCAACACCAACACCUACACCUACUCCCACGUCAGAAAUCAUGGGAGGAGCCCAGGUCCUGACUGGUGAGAGCCCCUGCUCACGCAUGGCCUCCACAACCCCCGUGGAUAACACACUGGGAAGCAGCUGCCAUACCCCAGUCGGUACUCCGCACUCCAACUGCAGCAGCACUGUCCCUCCCAGUCCAGUCGAGUGCAGGAACCCAUUUGCGUUUACCCCCAUCAACUCCAGCAACACUGGUUUCCAUGACGGCAGCACUGUCUCCAGCAGUCCUGUUAAACCUAUGCAGAGACCCAUGGCCACACACCCAGACAAGACCAGACUGGAGUGGAUGAAUAACAGCUACAACAGCAGCAGUGGAAGUAUAAACAAAUCAAACAGUGGAAUGGGGAUUUUACCCAGUUACCAAGGCCUGAUAGAUGACCACUUUCAGAAACCUCACGCAUUUGCUGUUCCUCAUGCAAGACACCAUGACAGCCAUUUUGGCCGCUUGACUCCCAUCUCCCCAGUGCUGCAGCAGGUUGCCAGCAUGGCAAAUAUGAACAAACAGGAGGGCUUUGCCGUCCCGGCCCCACUGGAUAACAAAGCCAUCAGCAACACUGGUACAACUGGAACUUUCCGAUGCCGAAGUGUAAGCCCUGCUGUGCAUCAAAGAAACAUAAGUGGAAACGCAGGAAACAGUGCCCUCUCUAAUAUUCCCCGGUCUGUUGUGUCUCCCUUUAACUCUCCUGUGACACCUGAAGUGUUGAAUAUCUUUGCCAAUAGUCAGGCGAAUCUCGGGGUGAGCAGCAUGGCUCAGAGGAGCCGCUCAGUGCCGCUCAAUAUCAUGAUGCAAACAGAGGAAAUGCCCACUCAAGGACAACAGCGCAACAGCAAAAACAUUGCCAGUGUUCUUCUGAACAAGUUCGAAGUGGACCGUGAUGACACUGUGCGGGGUCUCGGGAUGAAUAAUAUACCAUCCAGUUACAGUGCACGCAUGAACCUCACUCAGAUCCUAGAGUCUGACCCCAACCUCAACAACCAGCUCAGCCUGAUGACCCCCGACUCCACCAGCACCUGCAACAUGCAAAGGCCAAGUUACCUAACUCAAAAUGCUCUUAAUGAACAAAUGAUUCUGUCUGCAGGUGACAGGUGUGCACAAGCAGGAUCUGGAGAGCCCCAUCCGCAGCAGACGAUGCUGCAGCAAGAAGAACUGCAGCAGCAUCAGCAGUUGGAUUUCAGCCGGACCGUCAAAGACCUCCUUGCAGAUAACAGCCUUACUGCUGGCAAUCAGCUCAUGGAACAGGUGUCGGAGCUAAAUACAGGGGGAGCAGAGUUCCCUUGUGAAAUCAGAAUGACAUCGGAGCUGUGCAGCAGCAUCAAUGACCUUAACGCAUUGGACACAAACCUUCUGUUCGACCCCACCCAGCAGCAGCAGGGGCAGUAUCAAAACGCUGCUCCAGAGGAGUUGGUUCACGACCCACUGUUUCAGCAAAUCACCAGCGAGACAGGACAUUCGGGUGGACUGGACUGGCUGGAAAGCAAAGAUCAUCCAACCGUUGGGCUGAUGGGUUGAGUUUUGUUUAGUCAUGUUGAUCAUGUUAGUUUGUGGUUGCUUUUUGUUGUAUUUAUUUUUGGGUAUUUAAGUUUUGUAUUGCAUCACAUGACAUGUGGGAUUUCGUCCAAUCUCAGUGCCAGGUUGAACUGAAAUGAUGCUGUAACACUCUGAUCGAAAUGCUGGUCGUUUCAUCAGAGAAUAGGGUAGAAUUAAUUAACUAGAACUAGUUAGUUUUCAAUAUCUUAAAUGUGUGAUUAAAAAAUGUUUUCAUAUCAGGGGUAUGGAUACCACUAUAAGUAGAAAAUUAGAAAUGAUCAGUAGCUAGAGCAAUAAUUCUGAACACCAUUGUAUUCAAAUCUUCAAAACAAUAAAAUAUAUUUAUUGAUCAAAAAUGUCACAAUGUAAUAAAAGUGAAGUCAGUUUGACUAUAUCGUAAAGGAUCAAACACUGAAUUAGAAAGCGAGGGCUGAACUUCUUAAUCACUUGUAGGAAAAGGGGAAAAAUAAAGAGCAACUCACACAAAAUAAAAUGAUUGCACUUUUUAGCACUUACAUGGCUUUAUUGGUAUCGUGCAAAGGACACUUUAAAUUGCAGGUGUGAAGUUUGACGUGAAAUUGACAAAACAGAUUAAGUAGUUGAAACUGGAAACAAACACAUUUUUAAUGUCAGUAGCAUCACAAACCUAAGCACUCAUGUAGCACUCAUACUGCACGGACAAUCAUUUAUGUUUUCUUUGUUUAAAUGAAAAAUGCACUGUUUUUUUGUUUUUUGGAUGAAUAAUCAGUAUUUUUAAAUGCCAGUCCUGGUAACAGUCAUUUAUGUUUAACAGCAAAUCAGUGACUUAAUGCAAAGAUCAGUGAUGAACAAAGUGAAAAGACUGCAACCACUGACUUAAAGGUUCUCCUGUUUACUUUCUGAGCCUUAUGUUGAUACCAAAGAUGAAGCUUUAAAUAUAACCUUCCAGUGAUAAUGUGCACUAAGAUCACAGCUGUUCACUUCAGUGAUGCAAACUAUGGAAACUGUUGGUUUGAUAAUAGCCAUAACAAACAUAUUCUGUCAUGUGAAAAAGAAAAAUAAGUUCAUCAGGAUAGUAUUAAGGAUGUCUUUGUUUACUGUUGUUGAUGCUUUUGUAAACCCAGCAGGUAAAUGAUGAGUUUCUCAUUAGCAUUAGAUCCCAGAAUCUGUUUGUACCAUAGACAUUAUUUCCAUACAGUCUAUGUACUUUUGCUCGUACUAACCUUCUUUACUGUACAUACUGGGGCGUCCGUGUUGUUUUGUUUUCCUGCUUUUUAUUUAUAGUGUGUUGUUUGUACAAAAUGUGUGAAAUUGUAAACCUUAUAAUAUAAAUUCAUUAUAACUGACUUGCACUGUUUUGUUCGGAAUGAUCCAGUAAAGUCACAUAAUUUAUAGCAUAAUUACGAUGUAAUAUAAAGUACUGCAACUCCAAAUAACAUACUGAAAAGUGUAAAAAGUAAUACAACCCUAAACAUUCAACUUGUUUGCAAAAAUAUUGUAUGAAAUGGAGUUUGACUCAUUGAUUUAAAUCUUCCCAGAGAAUAUUUGCACAUAAGGAUAU